GGCCGCCAUUUUGUAGCCGCCGACUGAUAAAAGUCAGCUAUGAUAGUUUCCUUUUCUUCAAUGGAAAAGCCGUUUAUGUGGUCACCGGAUGAGUAAUGCCAAUGGACACCUUCAUCUGUGGUACCUGCCAGGGUGCCUUCAAUGAGAUCGAGCUGUUUAUGCGCCACAAGGGGGAAGGGUGUGAACCACAACAACCAGAAGUCAUACAGGUGCAUGUCAAUGGAUCAGGGGAGAUAACUGAAUACACAGAUACAGCAGGAGAUGGGACGACUACCCUCAACCUGUUCAGUGACACCAUCGACCAGGGCAUUAGUGUGGAAACAGGGGAACACAUUGAUGAGACAGGCACGCCCACUCUGAUUAUCCUGGAUGAGGGUCAGUCUCUAGUCACCCAAGCUGUCACGGAUAAGGCUACAUGCACCCCCACCACAGAAGCAGCAGGUAUUGUGACAGCGCAGUACACCACUGACUGUACAUGUCGUCAACCAGUCACUCAGACGGAUGUCAAAGUUAAAAGAAAAGGUCGACCAAAGAAGGGAGAGGAGAAGAACAAGGUUAUUGAUGCUGUGAGCAAAGAAGUAGGGAAACCACCUCUCCCCGAGAAAUCCAAAGAUGGCAAGUUUCACUGUGAGCGCUGCAAGAGGGCUUUCACCAAGGAGCGUUUCUUCAACACCCACAAGUGUCUGGCGUCAUCUGACUAUGUUAUCAUCACCAGUAAAGAUGUCAAGCUAGAUUCAGGUGACGAAUCUGAUGAGCUGGAGGAUGUAGGAGCAGAGGAAGUGGAGGAUACAGAGGAGUACUCGGCUCCCAGUGACCUCAUCAUUGCAGAUGAGCAACGGGCCAAGAAGUUUGACAAUGUUCUAGUCAGUGCCGACCCAGACGGCGAUGCAUACAACUACAGCACGGAGAAACCCACGGACGAGAUAGACGAUAUCCCAGUUUUUCGCACCCUUGAGGAGAAAGUAGCGUUCGAGACAAACCUAAACGUGGACCUCAGCAGUGUGGAUCAGAUGUUCAAGAUUCACAUGAUUGAACAAGACCUGAAUGAGAAUGCAAGUUCAGUGCGGAACAUGUCGACAUCGCUGUCGCUGUACAGCUGUAACAUCUGUGACAAGGUGUUCAAGACGUUGUCUCACAUGAGACUUCACUGUCUCAUCCACACAGAACUCAAACCCUUCAAAUGCUUCAAGUGCUCAUAUGCUUCAAACUCAAAAGGUAAUCUUUACACACACAUGCGGAAGCACACGGGUCAGUUCUAUAACUGCAGUAAGUGUUCGUUCCGGACAGUCAACAAGAGUCACCUGCUGGAACAUGAAGCCACACACAGCAAUGUGCGGAAGCAGUGUCAGAUGUGCAAGAAGGACUACAACACACUCAAGUCACUCAUCAACCAUGUCAGGAAGUACCACAAGUUUUCAGCCAAAGGGAGGGAGUAUCUGCAGACAUUCCUCCAAGGGAGACAAGCCAGGGGUGCAACAGUCAUCCACCAGUGCCAUGUGUGUAACAGAAAGUUCAAGAAGAAGAUCGACAGAGAUCGCCAUCUUUUUAUUCAUGACAUCAAGGACAUCCCAAACAUACAGCAUUGCCAGUUGUGUGAUUACACUGCCAGCAGACGGACAUACCUGGAGAAGCAUUACCUCAAGCAUCGAGUCAUCUACUGUUGUUCGUUGAGUGACGAGAAGUUCCUCAGUACUGUCCGCCUCAUUGACCACUUGACCAGUGUCCAUUUGAAGGACGAUCCCAACCAGUGGGAGAACUUGUUCGAGCAGAGCAUUAAUAAUAGUUUGUAUUUGCCUGAGCCUGAUGAAUCAUUUGAUGCAACUGAAAAAGAAUUUAUUAAUCUUCCUGAGGAAUUGUCCAGCACAAGUUUGAAGAAAGCAUGUGUUGAAACUCUAGAAAAUGAAUCCGAGCAGAAAGAGGGGGGAUAAGACUCAAACCCUGAAACAGUUCUUAAUACAGAAGGGUCUCUGAUCUGUGAGAACAACCAGCUUGGUAAGGAUGAAAUUAUGGAUACUGUGAACAAGGAGUGUGUCCAGUCGGAGCAAGUGCUGGACUCCGACCCGGUGAAGGACAGUGUUAAGGGAGAUGGUCAUCAGUUGGAUACUGCUGCAAAUGAGGACCCAGAACCCAUGGAUACUGGACUACCUAUUCCAGGUCUGGGUGAGGAUGUAGAGAUGGAUGGGCAGAAGAAGGAAGCUGACAAAGCCACUGAAACAGAAACUAAGGAAAGUAACGAGUCUUUGACAGGAGGGUUAACAGCAGAGAAUGAACUGGACAAAAAUAAACAAAGUGACAACCUUGAAGAAGUGAACGAAACUGUCAAGAAUGCUGGAAAGUCUGGGGAUGAACAAGACGAGGCCAUGGAUGUGCAAGAAGAAUCUGAAACUAUAGAUGAGACAGAUGAGACUAUGGACGAAAAUGACACGAGUGAGUUGAACGAGCCCCAGGACGACAAGGACAAAACCAUAGUGAGCAUCGUGAAGAGACUCGGCUACAGAGAAAUGUCUAUGGAGAUAUUCCACAAGAUGAGGGAAACAUUCGGCUGUGAGGAAUGUGAAUACUGUGGCAGAUUGUUCUACAAUAAAGCAGAUUAUGAACCACAUCUACGCACACAUACAGGUGACAAACCUUUCAACUGUGAACACUGUAACUACCGGGCCAUUUCCAAGGACAGCUUGAAGCGGCAUAUAGAGAAGGAGCAUCUAAAGAUGACUUUUCCAUGCAAGGAGUGUGACUACGCCGCUCCGUCCCGCACGCAGCUCUGGAACCAUCAGCUGAAACAUCUUGGGGUCACAGGGGUCGAGUGCAAUGUCUGUCAGCAAAAGUUUGAUACAAUCAAGAAGCUGCGGAACCACAUGAUCCUAGAUCAUCCGGAGACAGACCGGAACUAUCUGGAUGCCCUGUCGGGGGUCAAACACAGGAUGCAAGGCAAGAUGGGCCGCAGGUCCUACAAGUGUCCGUACUGUGACCGAGUGUUCAUCCGCGCCAACUCUGAGCUACAGAAGCACAUCUGGGUCCAUGAAGGCAUCAAGCCCUACAAGUGCCCCAUCUGCCCCCAUGCAUGUCGCAGCAAGACCAACCUGCAGGCGCACAUGCUGCGCCACUCCAGCGAGAAGCCCUUCCAGUGUGGCGACUGCGGCAAGGCCUACAAGUCCAAGACGGCACUACGCUGGCAUGUGCGCUCGCACAAGGAGGGCAAGUUCAAAUGUGACAAAUGUCCGUACGAGGCAACACAAAGCAGCCACUUGAAGCGUCACAUGGAGACACAUGACAUAGUGAAGAAGUUUGUGUGCCAGCACUGCAACUACUCCGCCAACACCCCAGGCUACAUGAAGAUACACUACACACGCAACCACAAGGGUAUGACCUUCAUCGAGAAGGCAACUGCCGAGAGUGACAAGCCCCCCUCUGGUGAGGCCAGGGUCUACAAGUGUCUCAGCUGUGAUUACCUAUUCGGUAAUAUGUCAGACCUGAAGCGCCACCUACGAGUCCGACAUCAUGUACAGGUUCAAGAUAUCUCGUGUAUGGAUCAGAUGCACGUGUCAGAAGUACAGGUGCUGCAGUGCGGGGAGGAGGCCUUCGCUACAGAGCAGGAGGCUGGGACAGAGGUGACCUCCACCAUCACCACCGUCCAGGACAACGUUCACAUACAGCCUGCAGUGGCUGGUCAGUCUGAAUUGGACGAGAAAACUGCAUCAGCAGUCAAUCUCCUGCAGCAGAUCAUAGACAUGUCUCAACAGGGAGCAUUCGGCCAGCAGCAGCAGAUCACUGUCCAGGCGGAGGAUGGUCAGAUGGUGGCUGUCAACCCUGAGACCAUCAUCGUCCAGCAGGAUGGGGAGGAGGUGUUACUGACCGACGCCAAUGCCGGAGUGGAGGGAGGACAGUAUGUCAUACAGUAUGUUAGUCCUGACAUGCAUUUGGACAACAUACCCCUGGAGAUACAGACACUUGAGGAGCAGACGUCUUAGUCUAUUAAUAUGUAUGACCAAAACUAUCAUUGUCCAGCAGGAUGGACGAAUUGUUGCCAAACGAUGACAAUGCAGGAGUAGAGGAAUUACCAUUUCUUAUUCAGUAUGUUAGUCCUACAUUUAUUGGACAACAUACCCCUGGAGAUACAGACACUUGAGGAGCAGACGUCUUAGUGUGGCUGCAAAGAUAGAAGGACUGUAGUUGUCCAGGAGGAUGGGUGACAGUGCUGCUGACCAAUGCCAGUGGAAAGGGACAGUAUGUUAUUCAGUAUGUUAGUCCUGAUCUGCAUCUUGAGAUACAGAUACUUGAGGAGCAGACGCCUUAGUCUUACUGAUAUGAAUGGCUAAGAUUAUCAUUGUCCAGCAGGAUGGGUGUAAGUGUUGCUGACUGCCGCCAUUGCUAGGGUGGAGGGGGACAGUAUGGUAUAUAUUAGGGUUGGGACGGGUCGGGUACAGCUGGAAUCGAGUCCUAUUUCUGGGAAUCGAGUACCUGGAAAGGGAGAGAACUGUAAUUUAUCUGCGCAUGAGCAGUGAGUAGUCAAGUUACAGUAACAGCGGAAACGAAAGUUCUGUGUUUUCAUGAGGAAUGUAAAUAAUGGUGUUACUCUUUAUAUUGGUUAAACAGACGUAAAUUAAAUAGCUUUAGAUCAUUUUUAAUGUCUUAUUGCCAGCCUUUGAAGUUUUCUAUAAUAAUCUCUGUUAAAUCGUGAUUGAAUAUUCAGAAAGUUGACAGAAGCGUUGUAUUCCUUACAUUUCUGGGUACUCGAUUCUGAUUCGGGUAAACACAUGCGGGUAUUCGAUACCAUUGUUUCCUACCCGGCCCGGCCCUAGUAUAUAUAUCUUGAGGAGCAGACAUAGUGUGGCUGAUAAUGGUAGCCAAGAUAUUGUCCAGCAGGAUGGGUGGAAGUGCUGCUGACUAACACCAAUGCUGGGGUGGAGGGGAAAGUAUGGUGUAUAUACAUUAGACCUGCCAUGUAUCAUGGCAACAGACAAUGGGAGAUACAGACAUCUUGCUGUAGCUGAUUUGGGGAGGUUCCUGGUUAACUUAUUGAUAGAAGAGAUGUCCUGAAACGUCUUCAGUCACAUCAACAUGUCUGCAGGUAUCGCCAAAACAGGCACUAUUGUGUAUUUCCUUUAUUACCAAACCAUGUGGAUUUGUAGCCAAAACAUUUCCUGAUACCAAAUCAUCUGACACAUCAUUUUCAUUGUGAUUCUUGUUCACAUUGUGUCAGAAUGUGAGAGUGUUAGUACUGACAUCACUGCCUUGUCAACAUCGUCAUCAGUCUGGUGAACCAGUGUAAGGUGAGCCAACCUCCCAAGUGUUGCAGAAUAUGAGAAUCAACACUUAACAUCCACAACACGUUAUAUCCAAAUCAAAGGGAUCUACUGACACCUGCUCAGAUCCCUAUGUUGGCCCACAUCGGAAGCACUUUUUAGAAAAAAAUCCCAAAUUGGAAUUAAUAGUGUGACAAGUCAUUUUAUUAUGCAUUUGACUUGUAUUUCUCCAAUACAGGACCAAUAAACAAGAUGAUGAUUUGUUUUA